CCUUCUGGUAAGUUAUAGCCCGGAUCCCUUCCCCUGCUAACAUUGUUCAAUCCUCCAUCGCCGAAAUGAUAGCGGGAGCACGGGAGCUGAAAAUCGCCGUCAUCGCCGGCGACGGUAUUGGCAUUGAGGUAAUGCCUUGGGGAGUCAAAUGCCUCCAAGCAAUCGCCAAGGUCUAUGGGUUAUCGCUGAAAUUCGAGGAAUUCGAAUUUUCUUCCAUCAAUUACUACCUCAAGCAUGGCCAAAUGCUCCCGGACAACUGGAAGGAGCUACUUUUACCAUUUGAUGCCAUCUAUUUCGGCGCCCAAGGAAAUCCUGCAGUUGCUCCGGAUCACAUCAUUCUCUGGGGGUCCUUGAUUAAAAUCCGACGCGAGUUCGACCAAUACAUCAACCUCCGCCCAUGCCGACUAAUGAAGGGUGUGCCGACACCUCUGAAGAAUCGUCAAGCAGGUGACAUAGACUUUCUGGUCGUCCGAGAAAACACCGAAGGCGAAUAUAGCGGAGUCGGCGGCAGAAUGUUCGAAGGAACCGAUAGGGAAAUCGUACUUCAGCAAACGAUUAUGACUCGUGUGGGGGUCGACCGGGUGAUGAGAUAUGCCUUCGACCUGGCACGAUCAAGACCUCGCAAGCGCCUUACUAGUGCUACAAAGAGUAAUGGCCUGGCUAUUUCGAUGCCAUAUUGGGACGAGCGAGCGGCAGCAAUUGCCAAAGAAUACCCCGACGUUCGCACCGACAAGUACCAUAUCGACAUUCUGAGCGCGCACGUGGUUCAGAGGCCCCAAAUUUUCGACGUUGUGGUUGCGAGUAACUUGUUUGGGGACAUCUUGUCGGACUUGGGUCCGGCCUGUGCAGGAACGAUUGGUAUUGCACCCAGCGGGAAUAUCAAUCCGGAACGAAAGUUCCCCAGUCUCUUUGAGCCCGUCCAUGGAAGUGCCCCCGAUAUCGCGGGAAAGGGUAUUGCAAACCCUGUGGGAAUGAUUUGGGCUGGCCAGAUGAUGCUUGAGUGGUUCGGGUUCAAGGAGCCGGCGGCGGCACUCUUGGACGCGAUAGAGACCGUCCUAGGGAAAGGCGACCUCUCUAUUAACACACCAGAUAUGGGCGGACGUGGAACCACAGAUGGGUUAGGGGGGGCCAUCGAAGAGGAGAUAUUGAAGCGGAAGAAAUAGAUUCGUGCUAGAAUUGGAGUCGGUCAAGGGUACGAAAACCAGGUUUAAAUUCUGCAUCGAGCGCAUCUUGUAC